UAUUUUCUCUACUUAUAUUUUCGAUUAUAAUUUACACUUUUAUGUAAAAGUUUUAGUGUGAAGUUUAUAUUUUUUAUUCUCUCCAUCUUCUGACUGACAAUUUUAACUAAUGAAUUGUUCAGAGUUAAUGAAUAAUUUCCCAGAUUAUUAUAAAUAUGAAAUGGGUGUAGAAGAUAGGCAUGCGUUGAAUGAACGAUAUUCAUUGGGAACACUAAUGAGUUUUAUACAACUACUUAAUACUAAUCAGUUUCAAUCUAGUCCAAUGAAAAACAGCAGGUGGUAUGUUAAUCACCGAUGGAAAUUAAUUUCAGAGAAGAUUAACUCUAAAUCAAAUCAACAUACAGCUCUAAUCCUUAAUAGUAAUUGUAAUAACGGAAUUAAUACUUUGUUAAACAAUGAAACACACUCUAUUUCUUCAAACUGUUCAAAAGAAAGUUUUUCAAACUUCUAUGCGCUAAAAUCAGAUCAAGCUAGAUUGGGAAAAUAUCGAUCAACACCAAAGUAUAAGCAAAGAAUAAGUGCAUUCGAUAUCACUAGUGAUCAAUCAACUCAAUCGUAUACACUAACUCUGUCAAAUCAGACAACUAGUGAUUCACUUAUUCAAGCUAAUCAUCGAACAAAGACAAGUUCUAAUCUCCUGAAGGCUAAAAUAUCCCGCAACAGUGGUACUAUAGAUUCAAAGCAACUGAAAAGUCCCAUAAAAGUUAACUACACAUCAGGUAAUAAACAUAAUUCAAAGGCAUCUGAUACUAAUAACCUUCUACAUGUUGUCAAUAAUGACCAACAACUGAAUAGUGUGACACUGAGAAGUCAAUGUUCAUCGUGUACUACUACGACACUGUCAGAAAUUUUCGACGAUACAACAUGUAGCCAAUCAGUCGGCACUGAAAUAAGCGAUAUUUACAAUGGUCCAUCACUACGUAGAGUACGCUAUAUCGGAACAAAAUUACCUACUAAUAAAUGGCAUAGAUCAGGUUCCCUUUUACAAAAUAAAUUAAGAAAAGAAAUUGACAGUGCAUAUCUAUCUCUCGAACAUCGUAAAUGUUAUACACGACAUUAUAUUAGAAAGGCUGUAUCAUCUAUUUAUAAUGUUCCAUUAAAUUUUAUAACUAACAAAAGUACAGUUGUGUGUAAAAUUGCAGAAAAACGCAAUGUCAUUGAUGAUUUCCUUCAGCGUAGAAGUUCACUGCCUAGUAGACAAAGUUUCACUUCUAUGGAUAUGAAUAAAGAUAUACAAAUAUGUUCUCCCAAACGAUUAGUUUGCAUAAAUGAAGCUAAACAGAGCAUAGCAAGCAAUGAAAGUGAAGGACACAUAUUCAAAGAAGCUUUUGCUGGACAUGAUAUACAAACAUAUUUUAUUGCUACUUGUACUAAUAGACUUCCAUGUGAAACAUUUUCUCACUUACUUGAGAGUUCAUUUUUAAAAGCUGAACAACCUGAGUAUACAUCAUCAGAGAAACAAAAGUUUAGUCUUAAUUUAUGUGGACCGGAAACAAUUACAGAGAGUGAGUUCUUAGCGCAAACAGUACCAAUGAAAAGUCUGCUUAGUAAGCCUGAAAAGCUUAUAAAUAUUACAUUGAUGAAAACUCCAGCGUUAAUAAAUUCAGCACUGGGUAAACACAUCUUGAAAAACAAUGAAUUAUCUUUAAAUUCCACUGAGAAAAGCUCUGAACUGCAUCUAGACAGUGAAGAUACUUCAUCUGAAGAGACUAGACAAGAAUUCAUCAAAGACUCGAAACAAGCUCGAAGUCACCGUCAAGUUUAAUCGCUUGCAAUCCAGAGGAGACAAAUAUAAUAACUAUAUUCACAAUUCCUGAAUAUACCCAUCUUUGUCAAGUGUACUACAUCUACACGAUACCGACAAAAGUGAAGUAAAACAAUCGAUUUAUUUUGCAUAUUUAAAUGACGG